AUGUCCAUAAUCGACCCCACAUUGGGUGCAUUACUGGUGGGGAGCCUCGUGUCCAUCUUCCUUUCUGGAGUGGUGACAAUGCAAACCGUUCUCUAUGCUGCCGUAUACCACCGGGACGCAUUGAGACUAAAGGUCUUGGUAUCACUGGCAUGGUUUCUAGACUUUCUACACACUAUUUUCAUUUGUGUUGCGGAUUGGGACUACCUAAUAGCUGAAUUUGGGGAUGACAAUGCUAAUGAGAGGAUUCGAUGGCCAGUCGCGGCCACGGUGGCACUCACGUCGAUUAUGACCUUCGUUGUUCAGUGGUGA